CAAAACCCUGGGAUGUAUUUUUACUCUCUGGACCUGGGUUACCCACCUCUAGCUAGCCUAUAAAACUUAUAAAACGAGUGAGCUUUCAAAAUGCUCGGUUUUAGAAUCAAAUUUGGGCAAAAAAGGAUAGCGUUUUUGCACUUUUUGUCUGAAAUAUGUCUUGAAACAAUGAGAAAAAAACGAUAGACACGCACGAUUGAGGAGUUGAAGCGUAACGUGUUUGACUGGCGUUGUCCCUUUUCUCUCGCCGUACUGUUGUCAUGGGAGAGUGUAAUGAUGGUGGAGGAAUCACAGAAUUGAAGCUAAUGUUGAUUUAUAUGUCUUAUAUUACUCUUAUUUAAUCAUUGUGUAACGCUUCGCUGUAAGCAUGUUAGUUAGCUAGUCCUGGAGUAGCGCUGUAACCUGUCGGAGGGUUAAUGCUGAAUGUUAGCGGGUUAGUUAGCUAGGUUAGCUGACUGGCUGGGUUUACUGGAGCUGAGGCCGCGGUGGAGGCUGAUGCCGCCCCGCUGAUCUCUCACUGCGGCCCGCAGGCUGCAGACAGCAUGACCGAGGCCCUGCGCGACGAGGAGCUUCGGCCCGUGCCGAAGGAGAGGGCCAUCCUGGAGAGCUUCUUCACGCAGCUCGGCAUGUUCUCCUUCGACAGGGCUAAAGAUUACGUAGAGAAGGAGAAGGACAGCAGCAAGAGCGCCGGGGCGAUCUGGGCCUCGCUGCUGGCCGCCCUGGCCCACCUGGCCGCGGCGGAGAAAGCCUACCAUAACAUGACCUUCCUCGGGCAGAAACUGGGUGGUCAGUCAUUCUUUAGUAGGAAGGAUUCCAUCAGGACCAUUUACACGUCUUUACACAAUGAGCUGAAGAAGGUAGUAUCCAUGGGUCGUCAUCCCCCUGGAGGCUCCAGUCCGUACCUGGAAGAGCUGCUGUCCCAUCUGUCUGAGCAGCUGUGCCACUUCACGCAGGCCAGGAUGGAGGUGGCCGACCUCUAUGAGAAGAUGCACACUCUCGGCAGCCAGAAAACUGUCAACUCUGAGGAGCUGGUGAGCACGCUGGAGAGCAUCAUGCAGAAGUACAGUUCCAGGUUCCACCACCCAAUCCUGAGCCGACUAGAGGGUAGUUUCCAGGUGGAGGUGGAUGUUCUGACGCAGCUCCUGCGUUGCCAGGCCCAGAUCUCAGAGUGGCACUUCCUGCCCUCACUCCUUAACCUGCACGGUGCUCACUCCAAGCUGCAAGCAUGGGGCCAGGCCUUUGAGCGGCAGCGUGAGACCCGCAAGCACUUGUUCGGUGGCCAAUCACAGCGGGCUGCACAACCUCCACACCUGUACCUGUGGUUGCAGCGUCUGCAAGGAGCACUUCUGGCUAAAUUCACCUUCUACUUCCACGAGGCGCUGAGCCGGCAGGCGCCAUCGGCCGAGAUGAAGGCCCUGACCGCCCGCACCUCGCCAGACUACUUCGGCAAAGUGUCGGCCUUCAUCCGCAAGCAUGACGCCUCCAGCGUGUCUUUGGUCUUUGACAACCGCGGCUCCGAGAGCUUCCAGGGCCACGGCUACCACCACCCACACUCGUACCGCGAGGCACCCAAAGGAGUGGACCAGUUCCCGGCUGUUGUGUCGCUUCCUGGAGGGGAGAGGCCUCUCACGCACUGGCCCAACGUCAUCAUGAUCAUGAGCGAUCGCGCCGCCGAACUGAAUUCACUGGACAAGGUCAUGCACUUCUACGACGACAAGGUCCAGAGCACCUAUUUCCUGGCCAGACCAGAACCCCACUUUACUAUAGUGGUGAUCUUUGAUGGGAGGAAGUCGGAGAAGGACUCUAAUGUGGUGGCUUUCCUGCAGGAGAUUUCCACGUCACUCAGGAACAACAAACCUUUCAGCACACUCAAACCAGGUUCUAAAGGCUGAACUGACCAUGUCGAGCAGAGCAUGUUCAACAGACAGUCCCAAAACUGUGCUACCUGUGGUGGUAGCAGCACCUGCAGAAGGGUCCUAAUGGCCAAAACCUGAAGUGGCCCAAUUGCCUGGAAACCUGGAAACAUGCCUAACUAAAACUGCAUCUUAGAACUGCUUUGUGGACAAGGACUACACUGAAAAAAAUGAUGAGUAAAAUUUACUUGAAAAAAAGUUUCACAAUUUUCUGCAUUUGCUUUUUUUAAGUAAAUUUAAUUUUAGAUCAAUUUUAGUAACUUCAACUCGGUUUCAAGACUUAAAUGUUACAUAGAGUAAAUAAGUGAACUGAACUUCAGUCAAUCCUUUCUUUUAGUAAACUUUACUGAAUUUAUUUUUGUUUUGAAUAAAUCCUUUAUUUUAUUACCCUUUACUUAAUUACUUAAUUUAUACAAUAUUACUCAAAUAAUUUAUGAUACAUAAUAAAUUAUAAUUUCUAAAAUGUAAAUAUUUUUAGUUAAAACACACAUUACACUGUCUCACACAUGGAUGGCAUAUAAUUCAGUCUUUUAGUAUACUAAAAAUAAUAUUGGAUGCAGAAAUUAUGUCAAGUUUAUUAAAAGAAAGGAUUGAUUUAGCAAAAAUAAAUGAAGUAAAGUUUAGUAGAAGAAAGGAUUGACUGAAGUUCAGUUCACUUAUUUACUCUAUGUAACAUUUAAGUCUUGAAACCGAGUUGAAGUUAAAUCUAAAAAUUAAAUUAAAAGUUAAAAUUAAAUUUACUUAAAAAAAAAACAAAUGCAAAACGUUGCGAAACUUUUUUUUUUAAGUAAAUUUUACUCUAAAUUAACAUUUUUUUCAGUGUAGGCUUAAUCUAUUUUCAAGGAACCAACCCAAAGUUAUGUUGGUGUAAAUCACACACACCUGAUUUAGCCCUUAUUCAUUCUUAUUCACAGUUAAAAUAGUGGUUUUAAAAGUGUGUUUGAGCAGAAAGAUGACCAUAUUUAGCUGGAAACUGAACUAAACUGAUCUGAAGAAAUGAAUAACCCCCUUAUGGAUUGUCCCACCUAAAAUAGAAUUUCUGUCACGCUCUGCCUAAUGCUGAAACUUUUUUAUAUCAUUUUUAAAACUCUUAAACACCAGGGGUCCAGCACCCAUGCAGAUAAUUUUCUCAUACUGUGAAAUGAUGUGACCAAUUAAAACCAGACCAAAAACGCCCUCUCCUCCACUAAGUUUUUUUCUUUUUUUUUUUUAAACUGGACUUUCGCACAUGAAGUUUGCCUUUUCUCCUAAUAGUCUUGCUGUGACUGGACUGAUCUGUCCUGCUGCUAUGAAGUCUAUUACAUGUUGCCUUAUACUUUUUUUUUUUUAAUGUGCAAUGCACAAACCAUUUUAACAGCUCAAUGUUUGAUUUUAUUUACAAUUCAUUCUGUACUGCUGUUAGUUAUGUAUUUUAAUGGUUUAAAUAAAUUGUCAUUUUCAAA